GAGUAAUCAUCAAAUCCCCCUUUUUUUUAAACGACUAACCUAACUACCAAACACUUUUUUCUCUUGAUGGAGGAAAGAGCUUAGAAAACACCAUCUCCUUUCAUUACUUGCAACUAGCAAUGCCCACCAUCUGUUUGAGUAGAUCAAUGUCCCUAUGCCCAACCCUUUCGUAUCCUAUCACUCAUCUUCUACAUAACCCAAAGUUUCAAUCUUUACACCCUACUUCUUUUUGUGCGUUUCUGAGUAGCUUCAAGUGUGGGAAGUUCCAGUUAUUGAAACCGUGUUCGUCUCUCAAGGAAACCAAGAAGCAUGAGACCUUUUCCAAGGCUCCCUCCACAGCCCCCGAGAAGUUCAGGACCCUUUUAAAUUUCGGACCAAAAGGAGAGGAUAAUAUUGCUGAUAGUAGUGAUGGUAAGAGCUUGGAUGGGGACACUGCCGUUAAAGGUGCCAUUUUGGCUGGUCUUCUACUUGUGGGUAUGGUUGGUGGGCUUGGGAUUGCGAGUUAUCUCUACAAAGAUCAGAUCAAUACCUUCCUGAACCAAUUGUCUGUCUUCAUUGAAGAUCACGGGCCAGCUGGAUAUGCACUCUUUGUUGUGUUUUAUGCUGCAUUGGAAAUCCUUGCAAUACCGGCCAUCCCAUUGACCCUCACUGCUGGCCUUCUUUUUGGUUCUGUCACUGGAACCAUUAUUGUUUCUAUCAGUGGAACAAUGGCUGCAAGUGUUUCAUUUCUAAUUGCCAGGUAUUUUGCUCGUGAUCGCAUCCUCAAAUUAGUUGAAGGGAACAAGAAGUUUCUUGCCAUUGACAAUGCUAUUGGAGAGAAUGGUUUUAAAGUUGUUACUCUUCUCCGACUGAGCCCUUUGCUUCCAUUUUCUCUUGGGAAUUAUUUGUAUGGGCUUACUUCUGUUAAGUUCGUACCAUAUGUUUUAGGAAGUUGGUUAGGUAUGCUACCUGGCACAUGGGCUUAUGUGAGUGCAGCUGCAUUAGGCCGUGCAAUUGUUCAAGAUGGGUCUGAGAUUGCCCUAGGAGGAGGGAAGGGUGUUUUGACCCUUGGAUUAGGCCUACUAUUAACUGCAGCAGCUGCAGCUUAUAUAACGCGGCUCGCUAAGGACGCUGUAAAGGAUAUCGAAUAGAGUCAAAAUAUUUUCUGCUAAUUAUUAACGUGGUUGACCAUGAAAUGAUCGAAAUCGGUAAAGAAUGAAGAGGAGAUGAAGGGGUUGGGCAAUCAAAUGAUCACAAACCGGUAUAGAGUAGAUUAGAUGAUGCAAGCCCUUCCCACAAGUGUAACCGAUUUGCAUGCACGUAUAUGCAUAGAUAGAGGGGGGGGGGGGGGGGGGAGCAAACUGGCAUUAGUCUUUUUGUCUGUCACUCCUUGUGAUAGAGUCUUCCUCCUAUUGCUUUGUAAUUAAUUGCUCAAGUUUGGAGGAUCUGAAUAAUGUAAUGCAAUACUUCUAUACUUCUGAAAAUUAUAAAAGUUGCCUUGUGAAUUUGUGAUACGACUCUUCCUCAUGUGUAUUGUAUUAGGAAUUAGUGGCAAAAUCUUGAAAGUCAAU